UCUUACAAGGUACCACGAACAGUGUGAUGUUUAGUUAGUUAACUAAAUUAUGAUAAAUAUAGAUAAUGACAUUGAAAACCACAAAACUGUAUUCAAUAUUUAUUCUGUAGUACCUAUUUUACUUGGUAAUUGAAAGUGGGGCAUUAUCGCAUAACGAUUUCGAUAUUUAGGUCCAGAAUAUGACCGCGUCUAGGCGCAGGCAGUUCGGUGCAUAGCGUGCGAUGCAAACACAUUUAUAAAACGGAUUAGCACGCAGCGUUGCAUGAAAAACUGACUACAUUGGCAAAGAGCAACCAGAAUUGAUGCAAUCGAAAAUGAGAAGGAACAUCAUUUCUCAUUAACCAACGUGCCUCGGUUGAAACGUUCAGAGUUAUCAUCAUCCUGUGAUAUUAUAUUGACUGUGGUUGCCAUGUGUAAAAGGCAUGUUAUAGUUUUCUCUUUUGUGGCAGUUUCGGCGGCCUUCAUUUGUGCAGUAACGGGCAAAUUCGCGCCUGAUUUUAUACACCCCUGCAAUACAACCGAGUCAGCAUGUCUAGUGCAAGCUACCCAAGACGCAAUCCCGGAGUUUUCCAAAGGCCUCCCUGAACUUGGAGUGCCUUCGCUAGAUCCUUUCGUAAUCGAAGAGCUGCCAAUUCAGCUUCCCGGUGUCAAGGUUACGUUCCUAGAUGGCAAAGUCACUGGUCUUAGAAAGUGCCAAGUGCUGAAUGUUGAAGCUUAUUUAGAAAGGAAUGUAUUUAUUCUCGAGAUUCGCUGCAACAUUACGAUCAAAGGGAAGUACACAGCAGUUGGGAGGCUGCUGCUGUUCCCGAUAAAUGGAGAAGGAGACUCCAAAAUAAAAAUUGUGAAUUCAGUAAUAAAAUUGAACAUAAAGACAAAGUACUUCAAGGACGAAGAAGGGCGCGACCACUUCGGCAUAAAGAGUUAUAGAUACUCCUUUGAUUACGGCGACCGAGUUCAUUACACAAUCAACAACUUAUUCAAAGGAAAUCCGGAGCUGAGCAACACGGUACUGCAAUUCUUGAAUGAAAAUUGGAAAAUUGUGACGGAAGAAUUUGGCCAACCAGUUGUGGACUAUGCAAUGAACGUGACAAUAGAAACAGCGAAGAAAUUCUUCGACGCCGUCCCCUAUGACGAAUUACUUCAUGUACCUAUACCUAAGUACUAAUUAUAAUUUUAAACAUAUAGAAUGGCUUUAUUGGUUUUAUGUUACCAAUGAAGAGAUAUAAAUAUAUCUACUUGGUUAUCGUAUAAUAAUACGUCGUCAUUUGUUUUAAAAUAAAGCGUCAUGCUUGACACAUAAUAGCGAUGUAAAUAUAGCAUAAUUGGUCUUGUAUUAUAAAUAACUAAUUCCGUCUUAUUUCAGUUAUUUAACUGGAGUACUCAUUCUAUCCAAUUGAUACCAAUGAGAUGAACAGAGGUAGACAAUAGCUUUGGUUAAAACAGUUAAUACAAAUUUAUUUUAUGAAACUUUUACUGAAUUUUCUUGAUGAUGGUUUUGAAUAUUUAUAUCGCUGUGUUUGACUUACCAAAGUUAAUUUCUAAAAACUGUAAUAUAAUAUUUUAAGUUUUAUAUAAUAUGUGUUGCUUUAUAUUGUCUAUAUUCACUUAAUUUUCAGUAAUGCAAGACUAGCUUGUUCAAAAUGCAAAAAUUUUGUUUGUGCGUAAUUUUUACCUUAAUUUAAUAUUCAUUGAAUUCUUAUUAUAACAAAAAUAUGACUUUGUAUUAUAGUUGUGUAGUAAUGUAUAGUUAGCCAAUAAUGAAUCAUUAACGGUGUCGUUAGCAUCAAAAAGUCGGAUGAAGCAAUAAGUAUUUUAAUUUGUAUCAUAUAUUAAGAUACUUAAAUAUAUUUUUAUAGCACCUUAGUAUAGGUCAUAUAUACUAAUAAUAGAAUUACUCGACACUUAAAAUAAAAAAACACGAUUGGACUUGUUUAUUUGAUUAAUAAUUUGUAAUAUACAUGUAUAAGUUAAAGAUAUUAAUUGUUCUAAGUGUAUGAAUUAAUUAGUUAGGGCGACAGUUGUAAAAAUCCUUUUGGAUUUCAUAUUUAUAUCGU